AUGGAAAACGGAUGCAAGGGGAAAAAAGGUUUCUCUCCCAUUCAAAAAUGCACGGCUUCAAUUCGUCAGCUAGCAUACGACAUGGGUGCAGACAAAUGGGACGAGUAUUUUAAGAUGUCAGAGCGUACCGUGAGGGACUCUGUGUACAAGUUCUGCAAAGCGAUUUGUUUGGUUUAUGUGCAACGAUAUUUGCGCAAACCAACUAUCAACGAUAUCCAUCAAUUGUAUAUGGUGCAUGAAGGCAAACAUGGAUUCCCUGGAAUGCUAGGUAGUAUUGAUUGCAUGCAUUGGAGUUGGUCAUUAUGCCCCAAUGCAUGGCGUGCUGGUGCAAACAAUGAUAUCAACGUGCUAGACCAGUCGCCUGUAUUCAACGAUAUCUACCUUGGAAAGUCACACGAUGUACCUUUUCAAGCAAAUGGGGUAGCAUAUAAGCGUGAAUACUAUCUUACUGACAGUAUAUAUCCUCCCUUGUCUGAUUUUGUGAAAUCGUUUACAUGUCCUAACGACCCGAAAAGGAAAAAGUUUAAAGAGGCGCAAGAGUCAGCUAGGAAGGAUGUGGAGCGAGCAUUUGAUGUACUUAAGAGACGUUGGCAAGUACUAACGGUCGGGGCAAGACGAAGGAAGAGCGAUAUGCCGAUACAACGAAAUGAAGUUUUGCCAAAUGUCGAAGGAGUAGCCAUUGGCGACCUAAGAAAGACUCAGCAAAUCUUGGGCAUCCACGUUUCGUUUCCUCAUCAAAUUACAUGGCAAGAUGACGUGUAUCGAUUUCAUUGGCUAAAACACGUAUCCCCGUCCACGGUAUCAAACAUAAGAAGGGGUUUUUCUACUCUGCGCCCGCAAGGUUUCUUCCUCGUUUUCCAUUCGUCACUUCUCCACUCUAGCUCAAAUUUAAAUCUCGUUGAUGCAUUCUACGGAUCAUCAUCACCUGUUCUUCAGCUCACUCCUUCUAAUUUCAAGUCUAAGGUUGUAAAUUCAAACAGUGUUGUCCUAGUCGAGUUCUUUGCUCCAUGGUGUGGACACUGUCAAGCUUUAACACCAAUAUGGGAAAAAGCAGCUUCUGUCUUAAAAGGUGUAGCAACUGUUGCAGCCAUUGAUGCUGAUGCAAACCCAACUAUUGCUCAGGAAUAUGGUAUCAAAGGGUUUCCAACUAUCAAAGUCUUUGUCCCUGGAAAACCUCCUGUUGACUACCAAGGAGCUAGAGAAGCAAAACCAAUAGCAGAAUUUGCACUCAAACAAGUGAAAGCACUCCUUAAAGACAGAUUAAGUGGAAAAACUACAACUACUGAAUCAAGUGAAAAGAAAUCAGAGCCAAAUCUAUCAGUUGAACUCACUUCAAAUAAUUUUGAUGAAAUGGUUGUUAAAAGUAAAGAUCUUUGGGUGGUUGAAUUCUUUGCACCUUGGUGUGGACACUGUAAAAAGCUUGCACCUGAAUGGAAGAAGGCUGCAAAGAAUUUACAAGGAAAGGUGAAGCUUGGACAUGUGAACUGUGAUGACGAAAAGUCUUUAAUGAGCAGGUUUAAGGUACAAGGGUUCCCAACUAUAUUAGUAUUUGGUGCAGAUAAAGAGAGUCCAAUCACAUAUGAAGGAGCAAGAACUGCAUCUGCAAUUGAAUCAUUUGCCCUUGUUCAGCUAGAAACAAAUGUUGCUCCUCCUGAAGUGACCGAGUUGACUAGCUCAGAUGUGAUGGAAGAGAAAUGUGGUUCGGCUGCUAUCUGUUUUGUUUCCUUCCUCCCUGAUAUUUUGGACUCUAAGGCUGAGGGAAGGAAUAAGUAUAUAGAGAUGCUUCUAUCAGUUGCUGAAAAGUUCAAAAGGAGUCCUUACAGCUACGUAUGGGCCGCGGCAGGUAAACAAGCGGAACUCGAGAAGCACGUAGGCGUUGGUGGCUACGGGUAUCCGGCUUUGGUAGCUUUAAACAUUAAAAAAGGCGCGUAUGCACCACUUAGAAGUGCAUUUGAAAAAGACCAAAUUAUUGAGUUUGUGAAAAUGGCGGGACUUGGUGGAAAAGGUAACCUUCCAUUAGAAGGGACACCUGUGGUUGUGAAAACGGAACCGUGGGAUGGAAAAGAUGGGGAGAUUAUUGAAGAGGAUGAGUUUUCACUUGAAGAACUUAUGGGUGGAGGAAGUGAUGAGAAAGAUGAGUUGUGAGUUUGAGUUGAAUGAAUUCGUGAUUGUGUUGGAGAAAAGAUUUUUGGGUUCGUUAUUCGAUGGUUGUGAGACAAUGGGCACCCUUGUAGUCAGUCAUAAUUGUGGUGUAAUACUGGUGAUUUUAGAGUUAGUUGAUGUUUUGAAAAUGUCAUACGAGUAAAAGUUAUGAAAAGGUAAUUUGAGUAUUUUUUUUACAAAUGCUUUAAAUGGAAAUAUCUUUUUGUGAAAAAAAAAAAAAUCCGAAUCAUUAGCCUCUGCACUUUAUUUUUUUAAACAAAUACCACCAUAAGGAAUCAGGGUCUUACAAGACUUUUUGACGUCUCUAGUUGUACCAUGUGUUGUUUCGUGACACUUCUCAAAUACAAGAAUUGGAC